AAUCACACGAAAACCAGCCAGUCGCGAAUCUCACUCCAUCACGGGUGGCUACCAAACAAUUCUUUCUAUAAAAAAGCCACCAUUCCUUCACUCUCUGUCUUCCCCUCCAGAAUAGUAGCAAUAUGGCUGCGAAUCCUCAUGUUCUCGCCAUUGUCUUUAUUCUUUCUGUUUUAUCAUCACAGUGGAUGUAUGCUGCGGCACAGAAUUCACCUCUUUUUGCUUGCGACAUCGAUAAAGAUCCAACCUUGAAGAAAUUUUCGUUCUGUGAUGCUUCAUUGGAUAUAAAAACGAGGGUGAAUGAUCUUGUAAAGAGAUUGACUUUGGAAGAGAAAAUAGGAAACUUGGUUAACAACGCUACCAGUGUAUAUCGUCUCCGGAUACCAGGCUACGGGUGGUGGUCCGAGGCUUUGCAUGGUGUUUCUAAAACCGGACCCGCAACCUUCUUCUCUAGUUUGGUCCCCGGAGCCACCAGCUUCCCUCAAGUCAUCCUCACCGCAGCCUCAUUCAAUGAAACUUUAUUUAGAACCAUUGGACAGGUGGUUUCUACUGAAGCACGAGCCAUGUACAAUAUGGGUUUAGCGGGGUUAACAUUUUGGUCACCGAAUGUAAACAUUUUUCGAGACCCUAGAUGGGGAAGAGGGCAGGAAACUCCAGGAGAAGACCCGACUUUAACAAGCAAAUACGCAGUGGCUUAUGUUCAAGGUUUACAAGAAAGAGAUGAUGGCGAUAAAAAACGACUCAAAGUUGGAGCUUGUUGUAAGCAUUACACUGCAUAUGAUGUUGAUAAUUGGAAUGGCACCGAUCGGUACCAUUUCAAUGCUGUGGUUACAAAGCAAGAUAUGGAGGAUACAUUUCAACCUCCAUUUAAAAGUUGUGUCUUGGAUGGAAAUGUUGCAAGUGUUAUGUGUUCUUACAACGAAGUUAACGGGAAGCCAACCUGCGGUGAUCCUGAUCUUUUAAAAGGGGUGAUUCGGGGAAAAUGGAAAUUAAAUGGAUACGUAAGUUCUGACUGCGAUUCAUUAGACGUCAUGCUUACAUCACAUCAUUGGGAGAAAACACCAGAGGAAAUCGCGGCAGAUGCUUUAAACGCAGGGGUGGACCUAAACUGUGGCAAUUCACUAAGACUCCACACAGAAGGUGCUAUAAAAGCUGGACUAGUUAAAGAAUCAGUAGUUGAUAGAGCUGUUUCCAACAAUUUUGAGACACUUAUGAGACUCGGGGUUUUCGAUGGUAACCCAAGUAAGCAAGUUUAUGGGAGUCUAGGUCCCAAAGACGUGUGCACCCCGACUAACCAGGAGCUAGCUCGUGAAGCUGCUAGGCAAGGAAUCAUGUUGCUGAAAAACACGCCUGGAUCAUUGCCACUCAUGCCAACAUCCAUCAAGUUUCUAGCUGUAAUCGGACCCAAUGCUACUGCCACAGAAACCAUGAUUGGUAACUAUGCAGGUGUUCCAUGCCAAUAUACAACUCCUCUAGAAGGGUUAUCAGCAUCAGUUAAAACCAUAUACGAACCAGGUUGUGUAAAUGUGAACUGCUUCAUUGUGCGAAUCACAGAGGCCAAGAAAGUAGCAGCUGAAGCAGAUGCGGUUGUUCUAGUAAUGGGUUCGGAUCUCUCUAUAGAGGCUGAAACUAUAGAUAGAAUCGAUAUAACCCUACCUGGUCAACAAAGCUUUCUUGUCUCAGAAGUUGCAUCCGUGUCUAGAGGACCUAUGAUUCUUGUUAUAAUGUCGGGAGGAGGAAUGGAUAUCCAGUUUGCAAAGGAUAAUCCAAAUGUAACAAGCAUUUUAUGGGUCGGGUUUCCUGGUGAAGCUGGUGGAGCUGCUUUAGCUGACAUUGUUUUCGGCCGAUUUAAUCCAAGUGGAAGACUACCCAUGACAUGGUAUCCACAAUCUUUUGUUGAGAAGGUGGCCAUGACUAACAUGAACAUGAGACCGGAUCUAACUACAGGUCACCCUGGUUACACCUACAGGUUCUACAAAGGAGAAACAGUUUAUCCAUUUGGACAUGGGCUAAGCUAUUCUUCACAUGCUCACCAUUUAGUUAAAGCACCGAAGUUCGUGUCAAUCCCACUAGAAGAAGGUCACGUUUGUUGGUCAUCUGAAUGUAAAUUGCUCGAUGCAUUGGAACAUGUUUGUAGAAAUUUAGUAUUUGAAGUUAAGCUUAGGGUAAUGAAUGUGGGAAACAUGGAGGGAAGUCAUAUAGUGUUCUUGUUCUCAUCUCCUCCAACGAUACAUGAUGCACCUCAAAAGAAGUUAUUGGAUUUUCGGAAGGUGGUCUUGGCUUCACGAGAACGGACAGUGGUUAGUUUCAAGGUUGAUGUAUGCAACCAUCUAAGUGUGGUUGAUGAAGAUGGCAAUAAGAAGGUUCCUUUGGGAAUACAUGUUCUUCAUGUUGGAGAUCUUCAACACUCUCUAAAUAUAAAGAUUUGAUGUGGGUGUUUUAGGUUUUAUGAUUUAUGAUAUGGAACUAAAAUUAAAGAGGAUUUGAGAAAGAAUUGUAAUGAUGGA